UAAAUGGCAACCUUGCAAAAAAAUCAAAAACAAAACAGGACUCGCAACUUCACAAGGAUUUACAUGAUAUUUAAUUUUUAUCUCUGUAUCUUUAAUAAUGACUUUUGUAAACGUAAACGUCAAUGAAAAAAGUACAUAUCUGUUACGCUUAACGUGGACAGAAAAUUACGGAGAAGUAUCACUCUUUGACUAUGAAAACUGCAAAACAUGGAAAGGACGGAUAGAAGAGGAACAGAGCCAAACAAUGGCUGCACAGUUACAGUUAAAUCUGACUGACUACAAGUCCCAACUGGAAGAGGCUAUAAGAUCUCCAGUAUCCCAUCAUAUAAGCCUUACCAACAAUAGUCUAGCAAUAAAGAAGUUGUCUGCUGAAGAGUUAUCAUUUCACAUUGCUGUCAUUCAUCUAGAAGAGAUAGAGCUAAGAACCAGCCUUCCAGAAUUUAUGACAGCCAUUGCCAAAAAUCUAACCGAAAUGUCUGAUGAACUUGUUGCAAAGGAUAAUCUGAUUGAAAAGCUUAACAAAGAAACAACAAUGUUGAUGGACAGAUGUACAAAAUAUGUCACUAUUGUGGAAGACUUAACACCGAGCUUAUACACACGGUUUAGCAUUGCGUUUAAUCAUCUAAAGGAGAGGCUAGAAUCAGAAACUGCUAGCACGAAAGAAGAGCCAUCAAAAAGGCAAAGCAUCGUUAAUCCCCCUCAAACCGAAGAAAGACCAAGCAUAUCAAGGAUGGACGAUUAUGAGGGUGACACAGAUAUCGAUACAGAUGAAGAAAAUAAAUAGAAAUUUUGUUCCUGCCGCUAAAGGUCAUCAUAAUAACAGUAUUGAUGUUUUCCUAAGCUCCAAAGCACUUCAGUCAUAUUCUCUUUGAAAGGUUCAUCUUAGAUAAAAUUUGUACGAAAUAAUUAUUUUUGUUGCACAUUGCCGUUAUAAACGACUUCCAGUAUCCA